GAGGGAUAAUAAGCAAAAUUUUACGAAAAGAAAAAGGGGGAUACGAAAUAACCAUAGUGGAUGCAUCGAAUGAACGCCAAGUAAUUGAUAUUAUCCCUCGAGGCCUAGAACUUCUUGUUUCAGAGGACGAAUCCAUUAAACUCGAUCAACCAUUAACGAGUAAUCCUAAUGUGGGUGGAUUUGGUCAAGGGGAUGCGGAAAUA